AUGUUUUCGUUUUCUGCCGAUGGGUUUGUAAUUCCGCCUGAUGUCAUUCUACCCCGAAAACGAUUCAGCCGCGAUGUACUUCGAUCAUUCCCCGGUGAUUGGGGAUUGGGCUCAUCUGAAAAUGGAUGGAUGAAUACCCAUAAUUUUAUCAUGUACAUCAAAAAGAUUUUUCACCCUACACUGAUUAAGAGAGGAACGAAGUUCCCGAUUAUCUUUUUCGUUGAUGGACACAGUUCUCACAUUGCGCUGGAGGCUGCGGAUACAUGUUAUCAAUUGGGGAUUAUAUUGAUCGCCCUGUAUCCAAAUGCAACCAGGAUACUUCAGCCAGCAGAUGUCGCCAUCUUUAGGCCACACAAAAUCAAUUGGGGCAAAACACUUGAUGCUUGGCGAUCAAAUCACAUCUCAGAAAAGAUGACACUGGUCACUUUUGGGCCAUUGCUCGAGAAAACUAUGGCUGAGUCUUUCAAGAAAUUAACGAUCAUUAAUGGGUUUUCUGCAUGUGGGUUGGUCCCUUAUAAUCCUGACGCAGUGAACUUUUCUAAGUGCAUAGCAAAAAGCACUGAAAAUCAAGAAGUUAAUUUGAUCAACGGUGGCGAAGAUUUUGCAACGAAGGAUUCUGAUUCAAAAUUUCCAACAGCAGAUGACAGUUCAACAGAGGAGAGUCACUUUUUGUGUACCGAAACCGUAAGCUCUCACGGGAAGUAUAUGGAGACCCAGAUAGCAUCAUCAUGCCCAUCGAACUGGAAGGCGACUUUAGAAACCCAUGUUUUAGUUCCACAGGAUGUUAUAAAUCAGGCAGUGGAAAUGCUGGGGCAGUCAAAAAUUAGUCUUUAUCUUUCAGAGGAAUCAGGAAACAUGCCUCAAGAGGACAAAGUGCUGUCCUAUAUUUAUGAGCACAUUUUGAGUUUGAGCAAAUCAGAUGAUAGAUUCUCACUCGCCACCAUCGAUGCAUUCAAAGAUGCGACUGAUACUUACCAUGAAACCACUGACGAACCUGUAGUCACUUCAGAAAUCGUUGAAGAAGGAUCAUGCAUGGAGACAAGCACCGAAAGUAACCAAAUCAUUGUUGACAAAGUAGCUGGUAUUGAGAUGGCUUCGGAUACGAUUGUAUUGAACGAUACGACUGAUACUUACAAUGAAAGCUUUGAGAAUUCCGUAUUUACGUCGGAUAUCAUUGAUGAAGGAUUAUAUAUGCUAAAUAACACUGAAAAUGACCAAACUAUUGUCAACAAAGCAUCGGGGAAUAUGAUUGAUUUGGAAACCAUUGGUAUGUAUAUUCAUCAAUUUUUCAGCUAA